AUGGAGAAUAGAAACGUGUAUUUGCUCUCCAGUUUUCUUCUAAUUUUCCUUGUAUUCUCUGUGAAUCUUGCAAGAUCAGAGUCCCAUUUUGUGCUGGUUCAUACAGCAGGCCAUGGAGCCUGGUGCUGGUACAAAUUAGUGUCAUUGCUAAAAUCAUCAGGUCAUAAUGUCACGGCUCUUGAUUUGGCCGCCUCGGGAAUUAACCCAAAGCAAGUGCUGGAUGUUCCGUUUGUAUCUGAUUAUUUCAGGCCACUGACGGAAUUCAUGGCUUCUUUACCCCGACACGAGAAGGUGAUCCUCGUUGGUCACAGCUAUGGCGGAUUGGCUAUUUCUCAUGCCAUGGAGAGGUUUUCGGAGAAAAUUUCUGUUGCGGUUUUCGUCGCAGCCUUAAUGCCUGGUCCACACACCAAUUUUUCUAUAUUCUUCCAAGAGACAACAAGGAGCGAAGGCGAUUUUUUGGAUACUCGUAUAGCAUACGAUAAUGGACCUAAGAAUCCUCCGACAAGUUACACCUUGGGAUCAAAAUACAUGUCUGAAAAACUUUAUCAGCUCAGCCCAAUCGAGGAUUGGACAUUGGCAACAAUGUUAGUUAGACCAUUAUAUGCAUACGCGACACAAGAUUUCUCGCGGGAGCUAAAGUUAUCUGGUGAUAAAUACGGAUCAGUAAGUCGAAUUUUCAUAAUGACUGAUAAAGACAAGGUACGACAGAAGUAUUUCCAACGUUGGAUGAUCGAACAUAAUCGCCCCAAUGAAGUGAAAUUUAUCAAAGGAUCCGAUAACAUGGUCAUGAUGUCAAAGCCAAAGGAGCUUCUUGUUCAAUUGCUAGAUAUUGCUAAAAAAUAUUCUUGA